AUGACUGUUAAAAGUUGGGAAGAUAUAGUUGAAGCUAAAAGAAAUGUUGUUAAAGCUUCAAUUCCAUCAGAUUGGAUUAAUGAUUCAAUCAAAGAGGAUAUGAUUCAAGCAAAGUAUAUUAAUACUUAUGAAUAUUUAGAUUCAAUUCUUCCUCAAGCUGAAGUUGAUAUUACAAGUUUAACUAUGUUGCAACUUCAAUGCAAAAUUAGGAAGGGCGAAUUAAAAGCUUUGACUGUGGCAAAGGCUUACUGUCAUAGAGCCGCAAUGGCCCAACAGAUUUUAAAUUGUUGCAGUGAAAUCUUCUUCGAUAAGGCUUUUGAACAAGCUAAAGAGCUUGAUAAUUAUUUUGAAAAAAAAGGUUGCGUGGUUGGUCCAUUACAUGGGAUUCCAAUUUCACUUAAAGAUCAAGUUGAUCUUCCUGGCAUUGAUAGUGCCAUUGGGUAUGUUGCGUUAUUGAAUAAACCAAAAACUGAAAUUAGUUUAUUAGCUGAAUACUUGCAAAAGGCUGGUGCUGUAUUUUAUGUUAAAACUACUGUACCAAUGGCAAUGCUAUCACCUGAAACUGUCUCUAAUGUUCAUGGGUACACUUUGAAUGCUUCUAAUUAUAAAUUAACAAGUGGUGGUUCAUCAGGUGGUGAAGGUGCGCUUAUUGGAGCUGGAGCAUCUCCAAUGGGGUUUGGAACUGAUAUUGGAGGAAGUAUUCGUAUUCCAUCUGCUUUUCAAGGUCUCCAUGCUUUAAAACCUUCUACUGGUAGAAUUUCUUAUUUGAGAGUUACUAAUUCUUAUAAUUCACAAGAAACAAUGCCUUCUGCAAUUGGACCAAUGGCAAGAAGUUUAGCAGAUGUAGAAUAUAUUACAAAACUCAUUAUUGAAUGGAAACUCUGGGAGUUUGAUCCAAAAGUUGUACCUAUUCCUUAUAAUGAUUAUUCAAGAUUAAAGCAGGAAAGAUUGUCAUUUGGAAUAUGGUUAUUUGAUGGUCAAAUAAAGCCUCACCCACCUCUUCAAAGGGCUUUAAAACAAGUUAUUGAAUCUUUAAAGGCUCAGGGCCAUGAAGUUAUUGAUAUAAAUAUACCAAAUAGUAAAUAUCUCGAAACAGCAACUGAAAUAUUUACUGCAGAUCAGGGUUUAGAAGUUUUAGAGAUGUGUAAAAAGUCAGGGGAACCUAUUGUUAAACAAGUCAACGAUAUGAUUGUAUUAGAUCUGCAGAAGCCUGCAUUAAAUGUAAAUGAAUGGUGGGAUUUAUGUAGAAAACAUUAUGAAGGAAAACAAGAUUUUGCUAAACUUUGGAAUGAAACUGCAAAUAGAACUAAAUCUGGUAAACCAAUUGAUGGUUUAAUUUGUCCCGUAUGGCCAUCAUGUGCCUAUUUACCUGAUAGUUUGAAUACAUUGAAUUAUAGUUGCCCUUUUAAUUUUGUUGAUUAUCCUAGUGUUGUAUUGCCAGUAACUAAGGCUGACAAAAAGCUUGAUCCUGUUCAAUCCGAUUACAUUCCUAGCAAUGAUAUCGACGAGAUAUUUCAUAAGUAUUAUGAUGCUGAAUUAUACGAUACAAUGCCGGUUUGCCUCCAGGUAGUUGGUAGACAAUUACAAGAAGAGAAGACUCUAGUAGUUGCGUCGGUUGUUGAAUCUUGCUUGAAAGCAUAUAUCACUUGUUAA